GCAAUGAUAGCAAUGUACCACACAGCCCACAAUAUGAAUGACUGAGUAUGAAUACAACACAAGGCGGGAUCUAAAUAGUAGUCAUAAUCGCGGGCAUGCAUGUCGUGGGGUAUCAUAACCAGAGGCGUAUUAGAUGCUGCAGCCGAGCGCAAGUUUGCGCAUGACCCUGCUGAAGUGUCGGGGUACAUGUCGGUGGUGAUGGCACUUGCUGCCGCCGCGCAGGCCGAUGGAACGACCGACGAAGAGGAAGACUUGCCCUUCUUGAGCUUGCACAUCUUCCCCUUGGAGGUCGUCGAUGUCCCAGUGGCACCACCAGUUUGGGUUGCCGUUGCCGUUGAGGAUGCGGUCGUGGUUGCGUUAACAGGAGUGGAAGUGCCACCAUUCACAAAUGAGGCGACAGGAGAACCAUGGAGGUGUAUGGUGCACUGGCAUCGAACACCUGGGAAUCAAAGAUGCCAGAGUUGUUGUCUGUACGCGCCUGGCAAACUGACCAACCCCGAAGGGUCAGGGACUCCAGUGCCCGAUGCGCCAACCGUGAGCCGCAAACAGGCGGGAUAGAACUCCGCACCGCUGAGUGAUGUGGCGAGAUGGAGAGCGAUAUGGAAAGCGAUGACUUCGUGGCAGACGAGGUAGUUUCCUGGCGCGAGGUUGGAUGGGAGUUGUAUGCUUGGGAGGGAGCCGGACACUGUUGUACAUAAGCGGGGAUCAUUAGCGCAACUCGGGAGAAACUUAGAGCCAGGAGCACGACGUACUUGGUGGAUCUUAAACCAUUUGGCGGUUUGUUGUCACGGGUCGUCGACCCGCAAGAUGCUAGAUAUGUGAGCAUUGGGCCGGUAUUGUGAGGCCAAUAGAAGAUUGUCAGCAUUUUCAUUGAACAGAACGAAAGGAGCAUACGUCGCUGCCAUCAGCACCUUUCUAAUCGAAGCCAAGCUGGUCACGAAGGUUCGCGUUGGCGAUGAGGGUCGCAGGUUGAGCGUAGCACUGGAUUUCUGGCACCCAUGUUAGGGUUUGUAGUGGAAACU